GGAGAUGUCUUUGUGUUACAAGCGGGGCUGGCGCUAUUGUCAUUCCCGUGGCCGCGGCGUGAGCAUCAGUGAACCAGGCAGCAACGGUGGGACUCUUUCACACUCACCACCCUCGGGGAGGAAGAGUAAACCAGGAGAGGAAGGAAGAGAGAAAGAGCAGAAUUGGCUGGAGAAAGCGACUCCCGAGCAAACUGAAACCCCAAGUGAAGAUUUAACUUGAACUGAACCGAACGAAUCCCAGAGGUUGCAAUUUCAGUCUCAAGUCAAUUCAACUUGGCCAGUUGGGGGUCCCCGUUCGCGAAGAUGAGGUUACUGAUCCUCUUGAGUUUUCUGGGUUCCUGGUCAAUCAUUGGUUCCGAUAACAGUUCAACGCUGAAACCGACAAUCGCCACAGAGAAUAAAGCAACAGAAACCAAGCAUCCAACUACUGAUCCUGCUACAAUUCAAGGCCAAGCUAGUACAUCAGCGCCGUCUUCAACAAGCACCCUCAUGACUAAACAAUUAUCAACAUCACCGGCAAGUCCCAAUCAAACUCAAAGUGUAACAAAGUCCACGGUUCCUUCAUCCCAAAGUAACGGCAUCUCUACAACGGCACAAAAUAGCGCAAUUACGCCAACAUUAGGUUCCACGUCACCCACUGAUCUCAACCACAGUUCAACACUGCACACGACGGCCACCAGUGGAGUAAGGAAUAACCCAACAGAAAACAUAGCUACAACUGCUAAAUCUGUUACAACUCAUGCAGUGGGCACAGCAAUGCCACCAUCGUCUUCUACAAGAGGAAGUGCAAGUGCCUCGGCUUCAUCUAACCCAGAAUCAACCGUUACAUCUGGAAAGUCCACAGCAACUCCCAGCCAGGGUUCAUCAACAACAGCAGUACCUACGAGCACACCAUCAAGUGUCUCCGUGGCAAAACCAAAUACCCCAACUGAAAGCAUCGUCCCAAAGGCGUCCACUGAACGUACGAAUGGGUCAGGUGUUGAAACGGUGACCAGUGCCACGGGGAAAGUAAAGAACAUUACAAUGAGUAAAGCCUGGGUGAAGAAUACAACCAGCAUGAUGCAGACAAAUGCAACGAGCGGUGCAUUCACUGAUGGGACCGGGCACUCAGUGAAGAGUACACUAAGUAAAGCACGGAGAAAUGCAAUGGAUAGGCUCCCUGGUGCUGCAUCAACGACACUCAAACCUAAAUCAAAUGACACCAUCUCGUCAACGGCAUAUUGUGUGAAUGAAUCCAGCAACCAGAACCACUCCCUCCAAAUAAAUGAAAACAUGGACUGCGAAACCAUUUUGAACCAGAAAGGAAAGGCUCUGGCCGAUGACAUCUGCUCCAGGCUGGUGAAGGCAGCAGGUCUCAGAGGGGUCGAUAUAUGCGAGGUCCAAUUCAGCCUCGAGAAGGAGCCUCCGGGCAAGCUGUACAUCGACGUCUCUUUUAAAGUUUCCGAUUUUCGAAUUGAUGACGUUCUGAAGGAGUUUCGGGAAGCAAAGAAAGAGGUAAGCUUCAGUAUUCUUGCACUUCCUAUUCGUGCAGUGUGGUGGUGCAAUGUGAUCGCUAUUGACGGAUUGUUCCCUCCGCUUUACCUCGGCAUUCAGGAGCUCAAUCCGGGGAAUGGAAAAAAUAAACAGCGGCAGAGUGCAACGGAGCUGAAGAAGCUGAUUGCGAUGGUGGUCACGGGCUCACUGCUGCUGCUCGUGUUCCUGUCUGCCAUCGUGUACCGGUGUUCCCAACGCAAGUCCAAACACAAGGAUCCGUACCUGACGGAAGAGCUACGCACAGUGGACAACGGUUGCCACGACAACCCGGCCAUGGACAUUACUGAGAGGGAGUCCGAGAUGGAGGAGAAGAACAAUUCGAAAGCAACCUACUUGGAAAACAACGAUGGUUGGAUCGUGCCUAUGGCCACCCACAUCAAGGACGGUGUAGAGGAAGAAGAUACCCAUUUAUAAAGCGGCAGAAGCAUAAUCAUCUUGUUAUCUACAGCUCUCUGCACAUCUGUACAAUUGCUUCAAAUAUGUAUCCAUAUAUACUGCCAGCAAGGACUGAAAUCAAACUGUAGACUUUACAAUCCACCUCCUUAAAGCCAUAUUCUCUCCAGAUUAUAUUUGGAAAUGUUAUGAUUAAUCUUUGAUUAGUACGGGCGUCAGUGGAUAUGGGGCAAAGGGAGGAGAAUGGGGUUGAGAUAGAUCAGCCAUGAUUGAAUGGCGGAGUAGACUUCAUGGGCCGAAUGGCCUAAUUCUGCUCGAACCUAUGAAGUUAUGUAAUAAGGUUCAUAGAAGGCGGCACUGAGAAAUGGUAAGAGAUGCCAUUCACGCUCCUGUUCCUGCAGUUAAUGAUAUUCUGGGCAAUCCUCUGCCUCGAUGUAGAUGGGGCACCUUGGUCAGCAUCAGCAAGUUGGGCCGAAGGGCCUGUUUCCAUGCUGUACGCCCCUAUGACUCAUCCACCCGUCCCCUUUACCAUGCCAUCCAAGUAACAAUCCACCCCAGAGCUGAAUAUCAUCCACAACUGAGAGAUCAUCAGGCUCGGUGGCUGAUAAUUCCCAAGGCUCUCAAACCUGAGUGAAGAGAUCUUUGAGACCAAAAUGGCCAAGCCCUUACGCCGAGACUUUAGCCCCUGGUUCUAGAGGAUACAACUGCUCAUCAACGCAACUCUUAAGUGUUUGUAGGGCAAUUCUAUUACAUUUCCACAGAUAUCUUUCCUGAAAACAAAGCAUUAAAGAAUUGAAUAAACUACUCUUGGGGGCACAUUUC